AUGGGCGUGCUCGAGCGAGAGUCCUUGGAUCAGACGAAGUUACAGAGUUACGAAACUCGUGAAGUGAUCGAUUGUGUUGACAUCUACAAGCAACCCGCCUUUGAUCAUCCGCUUCUCAAGAAUCAUACCAUACAGAUGAAACCAAGCUCAAAUCUGAAAGCGAACGGAUCGGGAUCUGUGGAAGGUGUGCUCAAUCAAGCUUGGCGGAAAUAUGGUGAAUGCCCUGAGGGAACGAUCCCCAUCAUAAGACCACAAAGCCAUACCAGUCGUCAUGCUAUACGGUCGAAUCCACACUUGAAGUGGCUUAAUAAGAGCCGCCUUGGAUCAGAAUCGGAUGGCCAUGAAAGUUUGUUCUAUAUUGGUCAGUAUGCUGUAGUAUAUUUGAACUCCGGCAACUUCAAGGGAGCUCAUGCAACAAUUAAUGUGUGGAAUCCUGUGGUAUUGGAUCAAGAAGCCAGCUUCUCUCAAAUUUGGCUCACAGCAGGCCCCAGAGAGACUGUGAACACCAUAGAGGCUGGAUGGAGGGUCGAUCCAGGUUCUAGUCCCAAGGGGGCAAAGCUUUUCAUAUAUUGGACCGGUGAUGGCUAUUGGGAAACUGGAUGCUACAAUCUCGAAUGCCCUGGAUUCGUACAAACAAGUGACAAGAUUGCUCUAGGCGUUCUGCUUCAACCAUUUUCCACCUAUGGUGGAAAACAAUAUGACAUUACUGUAGACAUAGAGAAGAAUCAACCUCUCGAACGGUGGUGGCUGCGCAUUCAAGAUGUCGAUGUAGGAUACUGGCCCCAAGAUCUCUUCACUUCUCUAAAGGACAGGGCCGAUAAAGUUGCUUGGGGCGGAGAGGUAGUGAAUUUAGGAUUGGAUGGUCGUCAUACGUCGACGCAAAUGGGGAGCGGCCAUUUACCUUCUGAAGGCUUUUUUGGAAAGGCGUCCUUUUUCCGCCAUGUUUCAAUCGUCGACGGCGGUUCCUUUGGGAGAGACCCGGAGAAUCUCCAGAAGAGAGUGUCCAAACCCGGAUGUUAUGACUUAAUUAUCAACGAGGCCGAGCGAAGUCAAUUGGGAGUCAAUUUCUAUUAUGGGGGCCCUGGAUAUUCAGCUCAGUGUGAAAAAUAG